ACCUCAAAACCAUGGUCGUCUCCUCUCCUUGGUGCGUGCGUGCUCCCCCACCUUGCUGCCUUCGCAUCAUCCGAUGAUCGCAUUCUCUCGCCUAUAAAUCCAGACCCCCUCCUCUUCAAUCUCAUCUCAUCUCAUCUCGCUCAGCACUACUGAUCCAACCAGUAGGCGAUUCUCUCCACCUCCCAGCUACUUCACUUCAGGACUAGUUUCUUCUCAGCUCCAUCGAUCUUGCUCGACAAUGUCGACGACGGUGACCCGUGCUCACCUGGAGCAGAGGCUCGCCCUCGCCAAGCGCUGCUCCCGGGAGGCGAACCUUGCAGGGGUUAAGGCGGCUGCUGUCGCGACCAUCGCCUCUGCCGUUCCAACCCUGGCGAGCGUGAGGAUGCUGCCAUGGGCGAAGGCCAACAUCAACCCGACGGGGCAGGCGCUGAUCAUCUGCACGGCGGCCGGGAUGGCAUACUUCGUCGCCGCCGACAAGAAGAUCCUCUCGCUGGCCAGGAGGCACUCCUUCGAGAACGCACCUGAACACCUCAAGAACACCUCCUUCCAGGGCACCGGCCGCCCUCACCCUGCCUUCUUCAGGCCAUGAUCAGCAAGCUAGUGCUGCUUGCAAUCUGCUGCAGAAAGUAGCUAGUGUUGUGUACUUGGAUGUAAUAUACUGUAUGCUCCAGCUUGUAUUAAUAAACAAUCUUAAUUUGAUGAACUCAAGAAUGGAUGCGGUGGUUCA